AUGUUGACUUCCAACGAGGACGCAUUGAAAGCCUUCGAAUGUUUCACUGUGAUGGUGAAGUGUUUGGGACUCUAUCCUCCGGUAACGUGUCGCCGGAAGCGAACCGUCUUGCGUUACAAGCUGUGCAAUCUGCUAACCAUAGCACUUUCGGCUACCUUCUACGGAUUUCUACUUUUCUUUCAUUCGCUUGAUCUAGAAACGAUCAAGUUGGGAUCGGGUUCGCUGAUCACAUCACGAAUGCACGACUUUUACUUUGUGUCGCGUUAUUUGACGGUUCUGGCAGUACUGUUGCACUCCUUCAUCAACCAGGACAGCGUUGAUCAACUGUUUCGUUUGCUUAACGAAGUGUCCAGUGUGGUGGGAAAGCUGAACAAGAACCAGACAUCCGGAGGUUGCAUCGGGUACUUUGGAACCCAAAGCUUCGCGAGACAUCUGCGCUGGUUGUCGCUGGUGUAUCCGCUCUUGUUUGUCGCUAUGACUUGUUUCGUCGAACGAUGGUUGCCGAACUGUGGUCUACAGGUGCAUGCAUUCAACCUGGUUCGGUUUCUGUACUUCUACUCGUACGUCCAUCUGUGGGUUCAGGCCAUUUUAACGCUGUUAUUAGUGCUCUCAAGAAUUAUCGCACUGAACCGUCUUUUUCGAAUGUACUUUCCAACCAGCCCGUCAGCGGUGGGCAAUCGAAGCGAGUUUGCGAUCUGCAGCGAAAAGGAACAGAUUAAUGUGCUGAAGCAAAUCAAAAUCCUUCACGACAAACUGAACGACGUUGUGGAGCUCGUUAAUUAUUGCUUCUCGGUGCAGAUCACAUUUUGCGUUGGAUUGUGCUUCGUCAUCGGAGUCGUCUGCUCGUUCGGUCUGUUCCGGGCGUUCAUCUAUCGGAACGAGCUGUUCUACAUGGGUGUGCUGAACUUCAUCUGGUACAUGUAUUAUCUUUUCUUCGUCCUGUUUUUCAUCGCCGUCGGUAGCAAAAUAACACGCGAGGGCAAACGUAUCGGUAUUUUGGUGCAUAAAGCCAUCAACUGUUCAUCCUCGUCAGCAGUGAUAAAUGAGUUGAACUUGUUUUCCCAGCAGCUGCUGCAUCGCAGCCCGGUCAUAACGUGCGGGCUGUUUGUCUACGACUGGACGCUCUGGUACACGAUGAUUGGCGCCACAGCGACAUACCUCAUCAUCUUAAUACAGUUCGAUGUCUCGUUCCCAAACUUGGUCAAUGUCAACGCCACGACACUCUACCGUGGCAGUACAUGA